AUGACUUUCAAUACUCAUGGAGAAGACAUCGAACCAGAACAGUUCAGUGAUGUCGAUUCAGCCCUCGGUGAUGGAUUCUCCGAGUCAGACACGGAGAGUUUGAGGUCGACCUUAUUCCAAAGUGUGUCUGAGAAUGGUCGAGGCUACCAUAAAUACAAGGACGGGCUCUACUUCAUGCCCGAUGAUGAACGUGAGCAGGAACGACUUGAUAUGCAACAUGAAAUCUUUCUCCAGACGGUGAAUCGCAAACUUCUCGCCGCCCCAGUCAAUCCCAACUCAAUAAACGUUCUUGACAUUGGUACUGGCACGGGUAUUUGGGCGAUCGACUUUGCCGAUGAAUUCCCUCAUUCUGCUGUCCUCGGAACUGACCUCAGUCCAAUUCAACCGUCUUAUGUCCCUCCAAACUGCAGUUUUGAGGUUGAUGAUUUCGAUCAGCCAUGGUCGUUUACCCAAAAGUUUGACGUGGUUCAUGGGCGAAUGCUUGCAGGGUCCUUGGGCGAUCCUAAAGCUCUUCUUCGACAGUCUUUUGAAGCUCUCAAGCCAGGAGGGUGGAUUGAACUACAAGAUUUCGCUUUCCCCGUCAGAGCUGAUGAUGGGACUAUGGCUGGUACAGCUUUUGAGAGACUAAAUGAGUCACUUAUGAAAGCACUUCAACUCCUGGGUAGGGAUGGAGGUUGGGCAGCUCAGUAUGCCGAGUUCAUGUCACAUGCAGGGUUUGUGAAUGUUGUAGAGACCAGGUACAAAUGGCCACAGAAUCACUGGCCGAAGGAUAAGGACCUCAAAAUGAUCGGCCAAUGGAACAUGUUCAACACCCUCGAUGGUAUCCAUGGGUUCUCCGCGCGCCUAUGUACCAAAGUUCUGGGCAUGAGUGUCGAGGAAGUGGAGUUGUUGCUGGCUCAGUCGCGUCUUGACAUUAAAAAUCCCAGAAUCCACGCUUAUUGGCCAAUUUAUAUUGUUUACGGUCAGAAACCUGGCUUGGCAGCUUAA